AUGGUCAAACACGCCACAAACUCAAAUUCAAACACGACACAAACUCAAGUUCAGCAAACGCCACUAACUAGAGUUCAAACACGAAACAAACUCAAUUUAAAAAACACCACAAACUCAAGUUCAAACACAACACAAACUCAAGUUCAACAAACACACAAACUCAAGUUCAAAAACACCACAAACUCAAGGUCAAACACGACACAAACUCAAGUUCAACAUAAUCACAAAUUCAAGGUCAACCAACACCUGAUUCUCAAGUUUAAAAAUGUCCACAACCUCAAGUUCAAUAACACCACAAACUCAAGUUCAAAAACACCACAAACUCAAGUUCAACAAACGCCAGAAACUCAAGUUCAAACACGAUACAAACUCAAGUUCAAAAACACCACAAACUCAAGUUCAAACACACCACAAACUCAAGUUCAAACAUGCCACAAAUUCAAAUUCAAACACGACACAAACUCAAGGUCAACAAACACACUAACUCAAUUUCAACAACACCUGAUUCUCAAGUUUAACAAUUUCAACCUCAAGUUCAAAAACAACAGAAACUCAAGUUUAAAAAACACACAAACUCAAGUUCACCAAACACGCAAACCCAAGUUCAAAAACACCACAAACUCAUGUUCAAACACGACACAAACUCAAGUUCAACCAAUCCCCAAUUCUCAAGUUUAA